AUGACGUCCGCAGAUUGGUUGGGAAAAGUUAUCCCUACCCUUCUCCGCCCAUCUAUACUCUUGUGCAUAUCAGCAUAUCAUUUUGUCAUAACGAUGUUCGAAGUAGUCUUCUAUGAGUGGAGCCCCUUCACUCUAUUCAAUAUCAACAAACUGCGGUCCAAAGCCUUCGCCCGCCUUUGGAAGCACAAUGGUGAAGCAAUGUCCACCGAGAUGCCCGGCCCUACUUUUGAACUCCUGUCUCAGUGCAAAGGCGUGAUUCUAGAUGUUGGCCCUGGCUCGGGAGAAGUACUGUCUCGCUUCGACCCGAAUCUCAUCGUCGCAAUCUACGGCGCUGAGCCCACCGAGGACUUACAUCCGGGACUUCGGAAAAAUGCCGAAAAAAGCGGCCUAGGGAGCAAAUACCAUGCUCUGCUCUGCGGUGCUGAGCCUGAAAGCCUGAUUCCUGCACUGCACAAGAGUGGCAUUUUGAAUGUUAGUGGAAAAGGAGGCUUGGCGUCUGAUGGUGUGUUUGAUGAGAUUUGCUGCACACGCGUACUUUGCAGUGUACCUCAUCCAGAACAGACCAUCAAGGGUCUCUACAAUCUUCUCAAACCUGGCGGCCGAAUGCUAAUCUGCGAACAUGUCGCCAAUCCAUGGAGAACUCAGGGUAGUGUCGCGGCGCGCUUCAUGCAGCUAGUGUACACUAUCAUUGGCUGGCCUUUCUUCAUGGGCGGAUGCGAACUCCAGCGACACACAUUGGAAUACCUGAGAGAUGCCGGAGAGUGGGACAAGUUUGAUUUGAAAUACUACAGUCCCAAAGAUUGUAUCCCUUUUGUUGUUGGUGAGCUGGUCAAGCGGCAUGGCGAGCUGGACAAGAGCUAUGCUCAAGCUAUCAAGGAGUAG